GCGUACCGUGCGUGUUGAAACAUGAGCCAUGCGCAUCAAAGGCCAAAAGCCAACGCAACUCCCCCUUCCGUCGCUUGCCUCAACCAACGAACCAGCCCAUGCCAAAUGCCAAUUUGCCAUCAGAGCAGAAUACGACGGGGAGGACGAGACGAGGACGGCGGCGGCAGAAGGCGGACGGCCUAUAUAUAUAUCGGACAUCGGAACAGCGCGCGACAGACAGGCUCUGUACUUACUUACGUCUUUUUUUUGUUCGUCUCGUCGUCGCCGUCGCUGCUCAUCUCGACUCUCGUGGAGAAGAAGACUCGAGCGACGAGUUCGAGCCGGAGCCCAUAAGUAGUUUUCAGUGCGCGCGUCCGAGAGUGCAGCGGAGAGUCCUCCCAGCAGCGCACGUACAACUUCUGCGCGUCCGAACCGUCGAGUUCUUGUUUAUCGGAGACCAAGGCUAAAAAUCAUGACUCGGGGUAAUCAACGUGAACUGGCUCGUGCCAAAAACAUGAAAAAAAGUGGCAAGAAGGCAGCUGCCGAGCAAGAAAGUAACAAGGGCCUCACCCUUGAACAAAGAAAGCAAAGAGAUGCAGAGAGAAUGAGAGAAAAACAACUGAAAAAGCAACAAGAUGCUGAGAUGUCAAAACAGGCUGUAAAAUAACUAACCAGAAAACUAAUUUGAAAAUCAGUUUAAAGAAAAAUUAUCCAACUAUAAUUCUGACGCAAAGGAAUUUUCAUUUAUUAGUAACUUCUUGUGCAGCUUUGUAAACACUGAAGAACAAAGGUGCACACGAAGCUAUGAUGUACGGUUUCCAAUCCAGCAUUAUUAACUUUUACAAGCCGUACAAAACAUGACAAGUGCUAUAGCCUAUAUGAAUUAUUAUCAUAAACUGUUCAAUAAUAGAUAUUGUGAAUAAAAUCAUUGAUGCGAGUUGAAUUCUUGUGCAAGCAAGCACUUUAGAUUUAGGAGUUGUGUUUGAGAUGCGACGAAUGUACCUUAUCAAUGAGUUUGAAAACUUGUAAAUGUGAAUCUUCGAUUAAAUGAACUUUGUGAUUAAUUUCAAUAAUGUCUGGUGCGUGUGCUGAAUGUUAUAUUUUAGUCAAUCAAUCUUAACUCACAAUAAAUCUAUCAAACGUUAAAAUUUUAAUAGAAAAAAUGUACAUAAAUGGUCUUUUUCUUCUUUAAUCGCCAUACCCACCGAUUUGCUAUUGGAUAAAGGAAAUACAUACAGAUUGCAUUAAAAGCACAAUUGAAAAUAUUUUCCAAAUUUUUAUUGCACUUUCCCAAAAAAAAGUACACUUUAAUUCAUGUUUAAGAACUCUGAGUUUUCUGCGUUUGUAUUCGUUGAAAAUAGAAACAAAAACAAAAUAUUACAUCGAUAGUUCGGCAUAAAGUUGCAGAACGUUCUUAACAAACUGAAAAAUACAAUGGAAGACUGAAUCUUAUAUAUCAUAGUGCUAACAUGGGAAAGAAAGGUAUAAAAAUCAAUAAAUCUUGUAUCAUAACGAUGAAAGGUACUACUAGCCUCUACAAAACCAAAGUUUGUAACAGUGUUACAGCGUUGUACACAAUCCACUUGUUACAUUAUAUAUUUUAAAAUCUUAAUUGAACUAAAAGCAGUUGAAUCGCUUCAUUUCCCACAACGUUGCGCUCUUUAAUAAUGUACUAUGUACCUGCUGUAAGUAAUAUAUCGUAGCAAAGUAAGAUAUAGGAACCGGAGUAUACGAGCGAUACAUCGAUCUUUGUCGAAUUUUAUUUUGAAAAAAGGAAACUUUUUAUGGAAAUUUCGUCGAUGUAGUAAUGUAGUAUAAAUCGAGAGAUGAAAUGAGUAAAAAAAAAAAUUGUUCUAAAUAAAAUGAUGCAAAUGGCA